AUGGAUAUCAACGAAUUGCCGGAUCUCGUUUUGGAAAUAAUCUUUUCACAUUUAAAUCAGUACGGCGAUUUAGAGAAUGUCCGAUUGGUUAGUCGUCGAUGGCAUCGCGUUGCAUACACUGUCAUUUAUAUCUUGAAGAAAUCUUUCCUUCGAUGCAAUCAACUGAUUUGGGAACUGCAUGCUGCAGAAAAGGAAGGAGAUGGUGCAAUUGCAAAACGUUGCUCACAUUCAAGUUGUUAUCAUGAUGGCACUAAAAAAGUCUAUAUAUUUGGUGGAUGCACCGAUAAUUAUACCGCCUUCAAUGAUCUCUGGAGUUUUAAUCUGAGAACCCGCAGUUGGUGCCGGGAAUUUAUUAAGUGUGCUCCAUUCCCUCGACCCAAAGCAAUGUCCAUUUUUUUGCCUUACAAAGAAUAUUUGAUCCUUCAUGGUGGAUUUGCGAAGUCAUCUCCAAACCCAAUUCACCAAGCAGCAAAUUUUUUUAAUGAGAUGCAUUUAUAUGAUACUAUAACGAAUGAAUGGAUUGAGGUCGAGACGGAACCUCCACCACCUGUGAUUGCAAGCCAUUGUGCAUGUGUGGUUGAUGAUUCGCUGAUUAUUUUUGGUGGUUCUCAGAAUAGCCGUGCUACAAAUGCCGUUUAUGUUUUGGAUAUUGUUAAUAAAAUUUGGCACACACCAUCAUUUGUUGAGGAUCAUAAAGAUGGAAAUUGUGAAAAGUUAGACGCGUCAAAUGAACCGUUCUUGUUGAAAGGUCCACAGCCGAACCCCCGUUAUGGUAGCUCAUGCGUGGUAAUUGACAAAUCGCAUUUGCUCGUUGUUGGUGGUUGUGGUGGUCCAAAUUGUAUUUAUAACGAUGCUUGGCUCCUUACGUUCGAUUUGACGCUGCAACAUGCGUGGGAAUGGAAGCAAAUUAAUAUUACGAAUCCAAAGUUAGGUCCGUCUCAACUUUGGUGCCAUCCAGCAUGUCCAAUUGGACGGAAUCUUGCAUGUAUAAGUUAUGCGAAAAAGAACAGUGGGUGUAGAAACAAUAUGGAUCCCACAUUGAAUGAGAGACUGAAUUCUUCGGGUUGUCAACCAUCUACCUCUUCAUUACGUGUUAAAAACAGUUUAAAAUAUGGUAAUAGCGUACCUGGUACAACAAUGGGAAAUUUUCGAAAAUACUGGUAUCAUAGAAAGCGUCUAGUGAAUGCUUGUGUUUAUAUACUCGAUACUUCACGCGUUUUGGAGGAUUGUACAGUAACAUGGCGCCAGCAAGAAAUCGAUUUAAACGCACCAGAUGAUACGAUGCUCUAUUCUCUGUGUGCUGGUCGAGGAGAGCUGAUAAUGUUUGGUGGAAUGCGUAGCGAUAUGCAAGGUGAUAAUCGCCAUCCAUUUACGCAUACAAUUAGUAAUGAUAUUUAUAUAUUGAGUCCUGCUCGUUUACUGUAA